AUGGCGAGCCGCCUCCUCCUCCUCCUGCUCCUCCUCGUGGUGCUGCUGCUCCUCAGCGGGACGCCGGCUCAGAGGCUGAGAGCUGGUCGUCAGAACAUGAGAGUUCGGAUCAACGCCAGCGGCGACACCAUCGUGCUGCAGUUCGUGCGCCCGGACCCGGACGUGAAGCUGGAAGGUUUCAUCCUGGGCUACGGCAGCAGCUUGUUCUCACGACAGUGGAUCCAGCUGCCGGAGGACGGACAGGCCUUCGAGGCCGAGAUGGACGCAGAGCCCAAGUACCUGGUGGCCGUUCAGCCAAUCCCAGUCAACGAUGUGAAGAAGCACUGCACAGGUCAAGUGAACCUGGAGAAGCCGCUGCAGCUGGUGAUCGGCUCCGUCAGCCCCACCGCCGUGCUGCUGUCCUGGGGAAACCGCCUGAAGACGCCGUACCAAGGAAACGUCCUGGACGAGUGUCUGGAGGACGGGUUUUACACCAUCCGCUACAGAGAGAGGAACAGGAAGUGGAAUUAUCAGACCUGCCCGGCCAGCGACACCGUCAUCGACAACCUGAAACCAAACACGCCGUACGAGUUCGGCGUCCGAUCCAACAAGGGCGAGCGCAGCGGCUCUUGGAGCAAAGCCGUCGUUCACAGCAGCAACGUGAACAAUAAAAAUGCUCAGAAGACGUUUAAGCUGCGUAACCCUCUGGUCAAACCGCUGAAGCCUCACGGAGCUCACGCUCUGUUCCCUCCUCGUCCAGCUCUACACAACCGCACACAGCCUGGACUGUCUCCCCUCAAACACCCGGGACGCCCCGGAGCGCCGCGCACGUCUUUUGCGCCACCUGAGGGCCGGCAGGAAACGCUUCCUCUUCCCGGCGCCGCUGAGCCUAAACGGCCUCGAGCGUCACCCGACGAAGGACGCACUGUUAAAAACGACACCAAGCGCCCGGUGGAUCCUCGUCCUUCUGUCCGAGUCCUGCCGUCCACAGUGGACACUACAGCCACGCCCCUAACUCGAUUCCCCCCCCACAGGGACUCGCCUCAGAACGCUCAGACGCCCUCUAGUGGACCGGAGAAGCCUCGUAACCCUGCCGCUUUCGGCCAAUCACAGGACGGAUCGUCGCUGCUGAGAACAGCUCUGACCAAUGAGAGGGCUAGAACUAACAGCUGGGGUCAAAGCAGAAACUUCGGCCCGUCGUCGCCUUUACACCCGAACCAUCCGGCGGCCGGAUCCUCCAGGCCGGCGCCAAGAAAGCCCCCCCUCCCCUCCUCUAACAGCUUCAGACAGCCCCGCCCCUCCUCGUCCUCUAGAGCCAUUACCGGACAUCGCCACCGGGGUAUGGCCCCGCCCAAACCAGCCUUAUGGCUCCGGCACCGACUGGGGUCUCCGGCUCGUCCCCUCAACAAGAGGCCGAACCUGGUUGGGAAACCUGGAGAGACAGACAAAGUCAACGACUUCAAGCUGACGGACAAGUUACAGAUCCUCAAACCCAAAGUCCCUCCAGCCUCCGCCAAACCAGAGCGGAGACCGACCACCACCACCACCACCACCACCACCACAACGACUCGACAGGAAACGUGGGAAGACUCCGACCUGUUCAAGUCGCAGCCGACCUCAGAAAUCGACGCCAUGGGAAAUAAAAGAUUCGUUGCUCCUCACGUCGUUUAUCAAACCGGAAAGAGACCGGACGAGCCGUGUUCCAUCACCUCCUCCCUCAGCUACUUUCCUGGACACGAACACGGUGAAGCCAACGCGACUGCACCGCCCAAGACUCCGCCCUCAAACCUCACCGUGGUCACAGUGGAGGGAUGUCCGUCCUUCAUCAUCCUGGACUGGGAGAAAACCGACAACGACACCACAGAGUAUGAAGUCAUCUCCACCGCUAAAGGACCUGAUGGCGAGCAGGUUUCCAUCCUGACGACCAACCAGACUCACACGGCGGUGGAGAACCUCAGACCUGAGAGCAGUUAUGAGUUCAAGGUGAAACCAAAGAACGAUCUGGGUUCGGGUCCGUCCAGCGAACCAGUUUCCUUCAACACAGAAUCAGCCGACCCUCGAGUGAGCGAGAACGUUUCAGGUAAAGACGCCAUCUGGACUCAGUUCCCCUUUAAGACGGACUCGUACUCCGACUGUCACGGGAAACAGUACGUGAAGAGGACCUGGUACCGAAAGUUUGUUGGUGUCCAGCUCUGCAACUCGCUGAGAUACAAGAUCUACCUGAGCGACUCGCUCAACGGUAAAUUCUACAACAUCGGAGAUCAGACCGGCUUCGGCGAGGAUCACUGUCAGUUCGUGGAUUCCUUCCUGGAUGGAAGAACGGGUCGACAGCAGCGAGCCGACCAGCUGCCGUCCAGACCCGGUUUCUACAGAGCCGUGCGACAGGAGCCUGUCCACUUCGGACAGAUCGGAGGACACUCCCACGUCAGCUACGUCUCUUGGUACGAGUGUGGAACGCCAAUCCCAGGAAAGUGGUAG